UUUUGAAGCGAUGCGAAACAAACGAAGGACGCGACGGCUUCGUAUCACGGUGAUUUCCAUUACGCUGGCGUCAUCCAUGUCGUUCAUCAUGUACCGUAGUCUUUCGUCGUCGUCGUCGUCGUUGAAAACGCACCGUGACGACGUCUCGCCACUUGAACGUUCAAUCGCUGACGUCGUGCGCGACUUAAAGGCUACGCGCGAGCGUGUGUUGCGCGAUGUUUUAGCGACCGCAGUGAGUACGGAUACGACGGAUGCGCGAGAGGUCGAAAACAGUUCGCCGAUCGCGGACGCGCUCGAUCAAGCGAAGCGAAUCAUCGAGAACUUUGACCGCGCUGGUCGCUCGAACGCCAGAGAGGAUGAAGCCGAAUCACUCGAGACGUUACGUAGUGUAGUCGAGAGCGUGAGUGAUGUACAACGUUUAGCGGCAAAUCCGAAUUCGCCGGUGGUGAGGCGCGCGAAGAAGCGUUCAGAGCUGUUCAACAGAAUUCACGACGCAAAUUUAUGGGGCAGCGCGGAGUCGAGAUCCGGGGGCGGUUCGACGAAAGCGACGACGAGUACCGCGGCGAGAUGUAUCGGCGAAUGGAUUCGAAAGUAUGACAUCAAGACUUUCUUGGACUUGCCGUGCGGCGACGCGAAUUGGCAAGCAGGCAUCCCUGGGAUUGAGAACGUAAGAUACACUGGCAUGGAUAUAAGCGUCGGCGCGCUCGAGACGGCGAAGACGCGCAUGUCUGAGGUUCAAACCGAUAUCGACGAUUUUCGCACGCAUGAUAUCGUCGCGUUACCUAUGCGCCAACGUUACGACGCCAUCAUGCAUCGCGACGUCGUGCAACACUUGUCUUACGAAGAAGCCCUGCGAGGUUUGUCCAAUUUCGCGAAGAGCGGUUCGACGUACUUCAUCGUCAGCACGCACCCGAAAUCGACGGAGCGAGGCGUGGAAUCGGACGUCGGUGUAGCGCGCGAUAUUGGAUACACGUAUCAAAACAACAUGCAGUCGGAGCCAUUCAACUUCCCGCCGCCGUUGGAAAUGUGCGACAACUACGCGAACAACGACGCUUCAAAGAUUGCGAUUUGGAGAAUCGCGGACCUUCCGAAUUUCGAACGUAAGCUCGCGCAUAUUUCAACGCACGAAAGCGGCGCGCGAAAGAUUUGACGUUAGCGUAGCGCGGGUUGUCAUUCGCCACCACGCGCUCGAGCGUCGCGCGCGGCGACGCGCGGCGCGACGCUCGAGCGCGCAUCGACCGGCGUCGCUCGUUCGCACCAAACCGCGCGCCAAACGCGCGCGGCGCGUUCGAACGUCGCCGUCGCGCGCGUCGCGAGAAAAGGCGCGAAAUCACACGCGCGCGCGGCGCUAAGAUUGCGUGUCCACG